UAAAUUCUGUACACAAAAUUUUCUAUGUCAAGCAUGGGUGACUAACGGCUUAGCUACAAAAACCUAAGUCCAAAAGUGCCUAGCCGUCUAGCUCGUCACUCCCCCAGGCUUCCCACGCGUCGGGUCUCACUACCUGAAAUGGUGGAUAAGGAAACCGUGAGAUAGAAAUAUCUCAGUAAGUAAACAUGGGGGCUCGACAUCAAAGUUUAAAGCAUGCCAAAUAAUCGGUUGAAACAUGAACAGAGUGUUUCAAGAACAGAGCGUUUCAAGAACAGAGCGUUUCAAUAACAAAUCAUUAAUGCAAAAUAAAAUCACGUAGUGGUCUCCUCUAUUAGUCAUGGCCAGUUCCCACUGGCAGGCACACGAGUACUAGUGUAUAAUCCCCACUAGUAGGGCCACGAGCGAACCGGUCCUAUCACGAACAUGUCGACAUGUGCUAGUGUUUGUAACCUCCCCCACUAGCGGGGUCACGAUUACACGACCAUAUCGGAGACAAAACCAAGCAAGAUUUACAGAAACCACGAUUCACGAUCGUUCGCACUUUCAAAAAAUAAACCGAAGAAUCUCAUUAAAUCCAUUUAAACCUCGCCACCAUCUCAAAAAACAAUUAAAAUAUGCUUCAAAAAUUUACGGGCUUUACCAUAAUUUACUCACCUUAAUUACACAGGACACAAGGCCUAAUCCCAGUGCUAAGGCCACAGGACAAUCAAGGACCUAAUCACAAUGUUCCCAAUUAAUAUCUAUGUAUACACAAUUACACAAUUACACAAUUACACAAUUACAGAUAUACAAUUUCUCAAACUAAUGGACAGGAAUUUGGGAGAACCGACCUUGACAGAAAAUGGCCAAUUCACGGGAUUCUCCCCUUUUCUCUUGGACAUCACACAACAACCAAACCCACUAAUUUCCUACACAAAUCAUCAACCAAAACCCAUUUUCAAAUUGCCAAAACUCAUCCCUAUUUCAACAGAAUUUUCGGACAACCCAAGCUCAUUUCAUACAACCAAUUAACUCACAAAGCAGCCAUUAAUCCACUAAUUUUCGGAGAUUAGAGAAGCUAACUUACCAAAAAUCCUUAACAAGCAAAGCUGGAGCUGGCGGGAAAAAUUGGGGGCUUCCACAGGGUUGCUACUAGCAAUUGACAGAACAAAAAUUAGGAUGAACCCACAUAAAUUAAGGCUGGAAAGAGGAGUUUCUUGGCUUAUUUUUACCAGAAAAACCGGAGCUUAUACCCAGCAACAGCUGGCGGCAGAGGAAGGGAAGAAGACAGCAGAUCCGGUGGCUUUUCUGCAAGAGAGAGGAGUUCUAAGUCCUAGACUUGUUCUUGGGCAAGAAGAGAACAAAAAUCAUCAAGUUCUCUUACCAAUUUUUCAGGUGGAGGCGCUGGAGAUGUCUAGGUUCAUGUUUGGUUGCAGAGGAGAAGAAAAACAGAGCAGAUGUGAAAAUGGCUGGGAAGAAAGAAGGAAAGAAGAAAAAGAUAAAAAGGAAUGAGUCAGCCGGCCUUAUCCAAACACCUUUUAACCCCUUUAAAGUUUGGAAAACUGAAGGUUCCUUAAGUUGGUGGACAUGAUGGGGCAACAUUUUAGAGGUUUCUUUUCUCAGAUUUUUCUCUAUGAUUUUGUUGGAGUCCAAUGUUCAUUAAGUCUUUGUAUUUGUCUUUUUUCUUACCUUUUUGUUGUACUAUUUUCAUGAAGUCUCCAAGCUACCAAAGAAUUCAGAGUAAGAACUAGCACAGUGUUCUCCAAUAUUUAUUGAAUAGCACUAGAAUGGAAGAAAUCAUAAUAUCAUCAUUGUAAUGAGUUUGCUUACUAUUGAUACUAUCUUUUCCGGCCUAUCAAGUCUCGUAGUUUUAAAUUGCAUCAAUAGAAGUUAAUUGAUAUU